CGCUCAGAGAGCUAGCUGAAAGACUGUCUACUAGCGAAAGAAAUACAAACCUAGACACUUUAACUCUUACAGCAGAAUGUCACAAGAUCUUUGGUUGCAGAACUAUGAUGCCACAUGCCGCCUUGCCCAGGAAAUUGCAGAAAAUAUCCAUGAACGAAACAAGCAACAGAGAACUGGGGGAAACCCAGCAAAGUUGAACAUGACCCUUCGAGCAUCCCAGCAGAAGCUGAAACAGAACAUAACACAGUUGAGAGAGACUCUAAUCAGAGCCUCCUCACAACGGCGCAUAAUGCAGUCAGAGGCUGACAGACGACAGAACCUGGUCGAUGACCUUGUGACCAGAGAAAAGCAGCUGAAUGCCUCUUUCCGUGGAGAUAUUACGGAACCUGAGCCCUCAAGGUCGACCCUGAUGACGGGCGGGGGGAGGUCGGGGGUUUCUGCGAACCCCUGGCUGAUCAACGAGCCAGAGGAGACGCGGGGUCUCGGCUUUGGGGAAAUCAAGCAGCAGCAACAGCGCAUCAUCGAGGAACAAGAUGCUGGUCUGGAUGCCUUAGCGGCCAUUAUUAGCAGACAGAAGCAGAUGGGUCAGGAGAUUGGGAACGAGCUUGACGAACAUAAUGAAAUCAUCGAUGACAUCACACAUCUAGUGGAUAAGACGGACGGACGGAUCCGCAAUGAGACGCGAAGGGUUAAACUUGUGGAGACCAAAUCGGCUUCCUGCGGGAUGCUGGUGGUAAUUGUUCUUCUGCUAAUUGCUAUUGUGGUAGUGGCUGCAUGGCCUAAGUAAAGAGGAGGAUGUACUUACAUGGCCAAAAUGGUUAUUAUUUACCACUGGACUUCUACUGGGGAAAAUGGGUGUGGCUUCUGCCGCACUGUGCAGACAUGUGUACCUCUACACUUUUUCCUGAUGUCUUUUUCCCCCCUCUUUGCUCCCCCCCCCCCCUUACCCAUUUAC